AUGCUCGCCGCAACGAGGCGAUGGUUUCGGCGCAACCGCACGCCCCUUGCCAUUGGCGUGGGCGUUGUCGGCGCCGGUUACGUCGUCACUAGCUACGUCGUGGGGAAGCUACGCGAUGCCCGCGAGCGCAUGAGCAGCGACCGCAUCGCCAAGGAGAACUUGCGCCGUCGCUUCGAGCAAAACCAAGAGGACUGCACUUUUACCGUCCUUGCCCUCCUCCCGACCGCCACGGCCAACAUCCUGGAGGUUAUGGACACGGAAAAGAUCACGUACGAGAUUCAGCAGAUGAAGGGUUCCGCCCUGGCUAGGGCACGGAGCAUCGGGUCGACAAGCCCACCAAGCACGUCCGACCUGAACGCGACCGACGACGAUGGCCGUAGCAUCAUCACCGUGAGCGCCCAGAGUGAAGGUGGUGUGCAGGCCACGACACAGCUCUCGGUUGUUGCACCAUCAUCAACCACCGCGGUUUCAGAAGGCGCCGCGGCCGCGAGCACGAGCGCUCAGCCAGAUGCGCCCGCGCCCGCGCCUCCGGCAGCCGUAGCUUCCAAGCCGCGAAAGACUAAGAGGCAGCUGUGGGAUGAGCUGACAAUUAGCUCUAUCACGAGAGCAUACACCCUCCUUUACACCCUCAGCCUGCUCACCAUGCUCACGAGAAUACAACUGAACCUACUCGGUCGCCGCAGCUACCUCUCGAGCGUAGUCUCUCUUGCCACAGGCGGAAACGUAGCACCGGGCACGAUCAGCCUCGAAAACAACGACGAUGACAAUGCGGAACUGGCCUAUGGCACCGACUUUGAAGUCAACCGCAAAUACCUGACGUUCAGCUGGUGGCUCCUCAACCGCGGCUGGGUCGACGUGAUGCAGCGCGUCGAAGCCGCGGUCCGCCAGGUCUUUGGCCACCUCAGUCCGCGUGAUACCGUCACGCUCGGCACCUUCGCCAAGCUCAGUCACGACGUCCGCAGCCUCGUCGAAGGUACUGCGCCAACAGAGCAUGGGCAGAAAACCGCCUGGCUAGCGUUCCUCCUCCCGCCCCCCGAUAUGGAGGAGUAUGUCCUGCGUGAAUCGGGUGUGCUCGACUCCGAUCCGCUCUCCGAAGAGGAUGCAGUGCCGUCCACUCCUGCCGGCAAUAACCCUACCCCCCCCAGCUCCCCCUCGACGGCCGCCUCGCUUCGCCGCCUGCUCGACGAAACCGCCGACCUGAUCGAGUCACCCCACUUUGCCCACGUCCACACCCAGAUCCUCAACGCCGGCUUCUCCACGCUUCUCGAACACAAACUCGGCGGCGGAAUCUUUGACCCUUUGGUCGGAGCCACCCCCAGCACCAGCAGCGCAAGCACCAGCGCACCACCACUAUCAGCAACAACUCCCUUCAACGACCCUCUAUCCAGCGCCCUCGGCGGCAGCGCCGCGAAUCGUGCCGUCCUUCUCCCCAAGAUCACCAGUGUCUUGACGCGCCAGGCCCACGUGAUCGGGCACGGCAUGCCCAACGAGUACCUCCAGGCGAUGGAAGCGGUGCCGGACCUGGAAGGGUUCGCUGCGGUGGUGUACUCGAGUAAUUGGCAGGCGGAGGUAGUGCCGGAUGAUGGCGCCGGUGCGCCGGAAUCGGGGUCGACGCCAAGGGACGCUAAGUCCCCCGUUGUUUCCUCGGGGCCGGGGAGGGAAACGAGCGGUGGGCAACAGGAUGAGAGUGUGGUGCUUGUGGAUCACUUGUCGACGAGUGCUACGGCUGUGGACGAGUCGGGCUUGUUUGAUAGUGUGUGGGAGAAGGCGAGUGCGUCUAAGUAA